AUGAAGACACCCCCAUCCGCCGCUGACACUUACGACUAUAUCGUGGUUGGUAGUGGUCCCGGGGGCGGCCCCCUCGCCAGCAACCUUGCCCGAGCCGGUUUCAAGACCCUACUUCUUGAAGCCGGUGAUGACGAGAGCGCUGACCCCAACUCUCAGGUCCUCGCAUGGGGUCGGGCCAUUGGGAUAGCCGAAAACCUCAGCUGGUCAUUCUGGGUCCGUCAUUACGACGACGACGAGCUCACCAAGAAGUACCAGCAUCUUGUCUGGAGACUUCCCAACGGGGACUUGUGGGUUGGUCCUGGGUCUACUACUCCCCCAGGUGCCGAGAUGGUCGGUAUCCAGUAUCCCCGUGGCGCUACUCUCGGGGGCUCGUCGAUUGUCAACUCCGGUCUGACUGUGCUCCCAAGCGACAGCGACUGGAAAUACAUCGAGAAGCUCACUGGUGACACUUCCUGGAACCCUCAUCACAUGAGGAGCUUGUUUGUCAAGUUAGAGCGUAACCUCUACCUUCCCCGGGGAACACCAGGACACGGCUUCGAUGGCUAUCUCGAAACAAACAUGGGCAAUGGAAGCAUCUUUCUCGCUUCGCCCCAGGCAACUGAGAUCUUCGGGGCUAUGGCUGUCGAGGCGGGUCAGAACCCCAAAGACCUGCCAAAGCUUCUGGGAACUGAUCCCAACCAGCUGAGCCCCGAUAUAGAUCAUAAGACCGGCCUUUCCGGCUUGUCCUUCCACGCCAAUUCUACCUGGGGCCGUUACAGUGCAAGGGAGCGGGUGCUAGACACUAUCCGAACUGUCGACAAGAAAGGCAAGAGAAAGUACCACCUCGACCUGAGACUCAACUCGUACGCUACCAAGGUUCUUUUCAACAAGCCCAAAACGAGAUCGAUACCUCGGGCUAUCGGUAUCGAGUACAUGGAAGGCAAGAGCAUUUACCAAGGCGAUCUCCGCUACAGCUCGUCCAAUAAUGCAACCAUCCGUCAAGUCUACGCAACACGUGAAGUAAUCCUUAGCGGCGGUUCUUUCAGCACGCCUCAGCUCCUAUUGCUUAGCGGUGUCGGACCUGCGGCGGACCUCAAGGCACUGAAAAUCCCGGUUGUGGUUGAUCUCCCUGGCGUUGGCCGCAAUAUGCAGGAUCACAACGAGAUAGCAGUCAUUGGGGAAGCAGCACAAAACAUUAACUUUGAUGCCGCUCCUGGAUUCCCUCGGUCUCGUUGCACAUGGGGAGCUCCUAACGAUCCUUGCUACGCCCUCUUCCUCCAGGGAACCGGUCCAUACACUGAACCUGGCCUCAACUCGGACCUUACCUUCAUCAAGACAAACUACACCACAACAGGGGAGCGCGACGUCGCCAUCUUCUCGGGCCCCUUUGGCUUCCGCGGUAUGUGGCCUGCUACUCCAGGCCAGUCGUGGCUGGACCCUCACAACACCUGGGGCAUUCACGGCGUCCACAUGCAUGGCAAGAACCGCGCGGGCUAUCUCAAGCUCUUGUCCAGCGAUCCUACAGCCUUGCCAGAAAUCAAUUUCCGCCACUUCUCCAGCCACAGCACAGGAGAGGACCUGGAGGCAAUGAAGGAGUUUGUCGCUUGGGGCCGCCGUGCCUUCGGCCGCGUUACGGCGCCCGUUGCUCCCAUCAACAUCACCUGGCCUCCUUGUUCCGGCGUAGUCUUGGCUAAUGGCGGUUGCUCCGAUGCUACCAAUGAUGAAGAUUUUAUCCGGCAGAAUACUUUCGGUCACCAUGUCACGGCCACAUGCUCUAUCGGUUCGGACAGCAAUAAAAAUGCUGUUUUGGACUCCAAGUUCCGUGUCCGUGGUGUUUCUGGUCUGCGUGUUGUCGAUGCCAGUGCAUUCCCCAGAUCGCCUGGAGCCUUUCCCAUUCUUGCCACUUACAUGUUGAGCGAAAAGGCUGCGGAAACCAUCCUCAGGCAUGCAGUAUAA